GCGCUAUAGGACGCUCUUGAACACCUCUAAGUACAGCCAAGAUGGCGGUGCCCUUACGGAGGACGUUGAUCGCGUUGCAUCGAGCAACUUGUAACAAUUUAAAGAGUGCUGAUGGCUGGGUGGAUGUGCGGCAGCCUCACCCGCUGGUUGUACCCGUCCGUGGAAAGAAGCGCCACUUCAUCCCGCCCGCCGUUGGGAUUAAGGAGAAGACCAAGGCCGACCCAGAGGCCCGGGCCCGGGCCGCUGGCCUCGUCUUCCGCCAGCAGUACGUGGAGCGAUCCAUCAACAUCUCCUGCACAGCGGGUAUCUUUGACCCCUACAUCCCUCCCGAGGGUGACGCCAGGCUCUCCACCCUCUCCAGGGAGGGGCUGAAGCAGCGGACGGAGCAGCUGAGACAGAGCGCUGCCUCCCAGCUAGCGAUACGUAAGAUCAAAGAGCACGACCUCUUCAAUACCAAGACAUUUCCAGAACUGGCUCAGGACAUCUUCAUCCAGGCUCACAUGGCCCUCACACAGUUCAACAAGGAGAAGCUACACUCCCUGGUGACAGAGCGGUGCUACCCUGAGAUGACCCGGGGGAACCGCCUGAAGACGAUCCGAUGGAGCUUCGUGGAGUCCCUGGAGCCGCCCCGGGUGGUGCACGCCCGCUGCCCCGACAUGGUCACCAAGACCAACCUGUACGGCCAGGUCACCCUGCGAAUGCACUCCAGACAGAUCCUGGCCCUCUACGACCGCUUUGGGCGCCUCCUGUUGGGCAGCGAGGACGAGCCCAAGGAUGUGCUGGAGUACCUGGUCAUGGAGAGACACGUCGUCAACCCCUACGGCCGCUGGAGGCUGCACGGCAAGAUCGUGCCGGCCUGGGCACCUCCCAAAGACCCCAUCAUGAAGACGGUUCUGAUUCCGGGACCCAAACUGAAGCCCGGAGAGGACUUUGAUGCGCUCCAGUUUGAGGUUCCUAAACCCCAGUCUGUGCAGUGGAGCAAGUAGGACUCUAGAGGUCGCCAUUCCACCAGGAUCGGGAUAACAAGCUGCGGCCAGCGGGAGAGACUAUGCACGGGUCCAGGGCUGCUCCGAACCCGGAUGAGGGGAGCCCCUUGUCUGGUCGGGAACGCCAGUUCUCCGUCUCGCGUUCUUGUAAGAUAUAUUUUGCUUGUUGGCGAGUGUUUGACACUCUUUUUUCUCCACGCAUCAAAUUCUGGAAAAAUGUGUGUCCAGACAUUGUACAGGUUUAUUGAGUUGAGUUUAAUACAUGUGAUACUUAAGGAAUACAAAAAUAAAAUGUACCAUCUGACCCCCACGGUGUCACAGGCUCACUGAGAAUAUUCAGUGGAAUAAUCUCUUUCACACAAACACGACAAAAUUACAUGAGAACAAACAUUAGGUUACCGAGAUAAGAGUUUAGAUGUUGUUGCGUUGGAAAUUAUUUUACACAAGAAAACACACUCGUUCCAAAAAAGUAGAUGACACAAAAUGCAGAAGCAAUCACAUAGCCUUUCUUACCUGUGGACCAACACGUGAGUCUGCCCGUUACUGCACACGGGAAACACCACAAACAACCGAUUUGAGAACCUCUUCACAGGCUUUGGUUACUAAAAAGUUUGUUUCUAUGUUCAUCGCAGUAUAAACCACAUUUAGUUAUCAGUCAUUAGCUUGGUAAAAUAUAAAUUAACACUUUUAGUGAUUUGGAAAUUGCAUUUAACAUGUGUACCAUGUGACACGGGCCAGGAUAAAUGGUGGACAAAAUGAAAGUCAAAUAAACAUUAUUUUAAUAGGUUUAUUUCAUCUCCUUAUUCCUAGCUGCAAAAUGUGUUGAGCUGGAAACACAUGAGCGUGAUAUGAGAUUUAUAUAUUCAUAUUUUUUAAAUAAUUUACUUUUUAUUUUAACUUAUUUGAAUAUUUUAUAUUUGUAAUUUAAAAUGUUUGAUCGUUUCAUGGGACCAGCAAUAUGCUUACUACUUUUGAAACUAUCUGCAUAGUUCUGCACAAUAUUCUCCUGAAUAUCAUACCCGUUCAAAUCUUGGCUUUUGAUUUAAACUUAAAAUCCCUACGCCUCCAAAAUUACUCUGAAGGUUGAAAAGAUGCAGAUACCUGUUUAGGACUUCAGUAAGCUGGUUAUGCUUGGAGUCGCAUUGGCGGAAUGUUGUUUAUUUCCUUGUUUGUCUCACAUGAUAUAAAGACCUGUAAAAUAUUCUCCAUUCGACAUGGAUUUGAUGUUUGGUACAUUAAAACAUACACACAAAAAAACAACAUACAAUAUGGGGUAGAUGCGGGAAGGGAGACUGUUUUAUCCUCGUCUCUGGUCAAAGGUCAGACACGCGUCUGUGUUCUGGCUUAAACCUUCGAAGCCCAUGCUGGUAUGGUAUAUUACUGUAUAGUUACUACCAGCUUUUACAGGAGCGGUGAUCCGGGCAGUGAAGGGCCCCAGGUUCUCAUCUCCAUUUUCUGGGCAUGUUCUCAUGGGGAAGACGGAGCUCUGGAGGGGUGUGAGUGGAGAGCUAAAACCCUGUAGGGAGCUGCUUCAGUGCCAGUCGUGUGUCUUCACAAGUCUGACGGAAAGAAGAAGGCCUCAGCUUCACAUUCGGCGUCUGCCUCCUCGUCUUCCUCCGGGAUGUUCUCAGGCUCCCAGGUGAAAACAUCGGAGGCGUUGUCCAUAGAGGUCUCCAUCGGCCAGGGACACAGGGCGUCCCGUCGACCCAGUGGCAGGUUGGCCUUUGCCUCCUGGUCCAAGUCUGUGCCGCUCUGCAUCGCGGCCUCCUCUGGAGUGGCUGCUCCCGGGGUUUCGGUGGCCUUAAUGUCGCUGAGGUUGAUACAGGGCGGGCUUACAGAGGGCUUUGGAGGCUCUUCAGUUUCCCAAGGACAAACGUUUGUAUGAACACUAUCUAUGUUUGUAAGAGCUUCUGGUUCUCCGGUGUCCCAAGGACAAACGUUUCCACGUCCACUGUCUUGCUUUUGGAGAACAGCUGGUUCUCCAGUGUCCCAAGGACAAACAUUUCCUUUUCCAUUGUCUUGGCUUUUGGGAAGAGCUGGCUCCUCACUUUCCCAAGGACAAACAUCUGGUUUUUUUAUGACCUCUGCUUCUCUUGUUUCCCAGGGACAAACAUCUCCUUUUCCACUGUCUGUUUUUUUGAGAACAGCUGGUUCUCCAGUGUCCCAAGGACAAACAUCUCCUUUUCCACUGUCUGUUUUUUUGAGAACAGCUGGUUCUCCAGUGUCCCAAGGACAAACGUCUCCUUUUCCACUUUCUUGUAUUUUGGGAACAGCCGGUUCACCGGUGUCCCAAGGACAAAUGUCUCCGGUUCCACUCUCUGUUUUUUUGGGAAGAGCUUGUUCUCCAGUGUCCCAGGGACAAACGUCGCCGGUUCCACUCUCUGUUUUUUUGGGAACAGCUGGUUCUCCGGUGUCCCAAGGACAAACGUCUCCGGUUCCAAUCUCAGUUUUUUUGGGAACAGCUGGUUCUCCAUUGUCCCAAGGACAAACGGCAGCGGGUACACUCUCUUGUUUAUUGUGAAUAACCGGUUCCCCGGUGUCCCAAGGACAAACGUCUCCUGGUCCGCUCUCUGUUUUUUUUAUGUCCUCUGGUACCCCGGUGUCCCAAGGACAAACAUUUCCACGUCCACUGUCUUGUUUUUGUAGAGCAGCUGGUUCUUCAGCUUCCCAAGGACAAACAGCAGGUAGAACACCCUCCUGCUGUGUCACACCUCUUGUGCUGACAUCUGAGAGAGAACCUCCCAGUCGCUGAACCUUCUCUACCACUGGCUCUUCAUCCCAUGGGCAAAUGUUGGCCCGAGCGGUGUCUUGACUGACAAGGGACACCGAGGAGGAUUUAAAGGCUUGUGUCUUAGAUGCAUCUGCCUCCUCUGACUCCCAGGGACAAACCCCUGUCCUUACACUGUCCUGCGAGGUAGUCUUUUCCGUAUCCUUCACCAAGUUGACCUCAAUGGUUGGAUGUUUGUUUGACUGCGGCGGUUCCCAAGGACAUAUGUUUGUCUUUGUGCUAUCCGUCUCUUCUACAUGUACUGAUGCAGAUUCCCAAGGACAUACGUUCGAAGGCGCGUCUUUUGGUUUGUCUUCAUUUCCCGUGUCCCAUGGACAGACAUUGAUUGAGGUGGUCUCUGGUGAGUGUCCUUUCUCUCCCUCGACCAAUUCAAGGACGUCUGCAAAAAUUUUGGGCGGGUCGGGGAACUCCCAAGGGCAGCUGUCGGUUGUCUUGCUUAUUUGCCGGGCGACCGAUGUUGCGGACAAGCUAGUUGAUGGUGUCUUCUCUUGGGCUGACGGCACCCUCAGUAGGCUCUUCCUCUCUGAAGGUUUUAUAUUUUCACACACAACUUCAGGCUUGUCCUCCUGAACAUCCCAAGGACAAAUAUUGGCGUCACCUGGUCUCUGUACAGGCUGAUGGAGCUCGCUGGACUCCCAGGGACAUACGUCUCCGAUUUUUCCCAAAGACUGUUGACUCGACUGCGAAAGUGACUGUUGUAUCACCUUGAUCCGGGGAGUUGUAGGAGUGUCAUGGGUUUCCCAAGGACAAACAUUGGAAUGAGCACUCCCUCGUCUUUUCAUUUGGUCAUGUUCCGUCGAUUCCCAGGUACACACACCGGUUCGUUCUGAUACCUGGGGUUCCUCAACCUCCCAAGGACAAACAUUAGCUUUAGCGCUAAGUUGUUUCUGUAGGACGGGGCCCUGUGGGACAUCCCAUGGACAUACAUCAGUGGAAGACUGAUGUGAGGUCCUAGAGGGCGUAAGUCGAACGCUGCCUCUUCUGUGAGUGGAAGGGGUUCUCGAAUGGCCUCCGCCGGUUCCCCAGGAGCUUGUGUUGCUGCGAAUGCUGUUUUGCCUGGAGGAGAACACAUUUUCAUACAUCUGUGUGUCCAAGGAGUCCGACGGGUGGAUGGCAGACUUUCCGAUCACCAGCCUCCUUGGGCUCCGAUCAGAGGAAUCACCAGAUGAAAGGCGGAUCGCGCUUUGCUUAACAAGGCAAGGUUUCCCCUCAACUGUUGUGAGGCUUCUCUUUGGAAGUGUCUUUCUUUCUGACUUUGGAUUUGUACAAGUUGCCGAUCUGGUCGUGCAGGUGCUCUCUUGACUGAGUUGCGAGACUAUGCUCCCCUUCCUUGACCCUGCACCCCUGUUUUGAUCAUCCUUAGCUUCAACCGAUCCAAUGUAGGCCUUCACUGACAGCCACUUCUGAGUUGUGUUGCGCAAGGAGAACCCUCGCUGGUCUUUUGAGAUGAUCGGCCUGGGCGUGCCAGGAGCACUCGCAGAUACAUGAGCCUUUGUUGUUUGUGAGUCAUUUUCUCCUUCAACUCUCCUUUCCACUGCAGGGGAUGGCUCGGGAGUGGGUGCAUAGUCCCAUGGACAGACAUGGACUAUGGGAGAAUUGGGAGGCAAAAUGUCUGAGCAGUCACCAUCGCUCCCCUGAGAAUAAGCAUAGGUGACUUGUCUUUGGUUCAUAUCGACAGGUCGAUCGACCUCCAUCUCCCACGGACAGACGUUUGCCUUGUCAAAGGACUGUGACUGCAGGGCACUGGUCGUCUGCUCCUUGAUGGUCAACUGCUGCUUGGACCUUGUGAUCAUGGAGUUGGCUCGGUUCAUCAUGGCCAUGUCCUCCAUGGAGUGGGUGUUGGUGGAGGUGAGGCUCCGGGACUUGUGGAGCUUUGUGUGGUCGGGAUGCAGCAGGUUGUUGUCUAUUGUCAGGUUUUGCGCACUGGCCGACUUGCAGACCCCUGGAGGGAUGUCCAAGGAGUCGGUCUCGGAGCGCUGAGAUGCCCUCUUCGACACAUUGGGUCUCAACAAGGAGCUCCGCACGGAGGCCUCCCGCUCCCUGGCAUAGUCGUGCUCGCUGAGGGACUUCCGCAUUGACGGCGAGGGGGUGUUCAUGGACCUGUAGCUAAUGCUCGCGGUUUCGGGGCCUUUUCUGAAGGAAUCGGACUCAGCCACACCUCGGCUGUAAUGGCCGAAGUCCCGGUCCUCCCGGCUGCACUGGCGGCUCACAGACUCUGGGAUCUCUGCGAUGCGUUUGAUGAUGGACCUGCCCAAGCCCGGCAGGCGGGAGCUCCUCUUCUUGGAGAGGUGAGGGUUGUUCACAGUCAUCUU